GAAUUGGUGAACUGCAAAACAACAGUCAACACCGAGCAAAACAAGGACUAAAGAAUGACAGUUUUGAAAAGUUUAUUAUGGUAUUUUGUGAAAUACUUUGAUGUAUUUAUAUUUCUAGCUUCUUGAGUCUGUAUCAAAUAACAUUUGAAGAUGUAUUCUGGAUGGGCUUCUUUGCAAGAGGCGAUCGAAACGGACCAAAGCAAUCACAGUGUUCUCCAUACGUUUCCUGAAACUGUGGGGAGAGAUGUGGCCGUGUCGGUGGUGAAGCAGUUGGCCGCAAGUACGGCGUCGCUGGCAGCUCUUCAGCAGAGAGGGGAUGGGUCUGCUGCGUGUAAUCCACUUGAAUCAGAGAAACAAGUAGAGUGGACAAUGGAGGUGAUUUGCUUUGGGCUGAGCCUUCCCUUGAAUGAACAUGAAGCAAUUCGAGAUUGUGUGAGUGUAUACUGUGAAUGGCUGAAAGCAUUGACCAUACCCCAGCCCAGCUUACCCACACCACUGAGCAAAGAUCCCAAUCCAUACAUUCAGAGGAUCUUUCAGCAUCUUGUCAACCUAUUCAAACCUAGAAAACAAGGUCUGAAUGACACCAACAAGCAAGCAGUGUUAUGCCAUCGUGUACUACGGUCCAUUCAGUCCGUUGCCACCGAGAGUAUCAUUAUGACCAAACACACCUGGGAAGUACUUCUCAGGUUCUUGCUCUCUAUCAACCACACCUUGCUCUCUCCUCCACUUGAGUCAGGUAGUCUAGCAGAGCAGUUGUGUGAGCGUUUACUGAGUGUUCUGUUUGAAGUAUGGCUUCUCGCCUGUGCUCGAUGCUUCCCAUCCCCAACGCUGUGGAGAACCUUUCGUGAGAUGUGCUGUACAUGGCGCCAUCAUCCUGCCACGGUAGCCCAAUGGAAUCGCAUCAACAAAGUGCUCACUGCUCAGCUCAUUCAGGUCCUAUAUGGGCCAAUAUUCCCACCACUCAAACUGAGUGAUGACGAAAGCCGGAUCAUUCCUCCAGAACUUGAUAACGAUGGGUUAGCUCAAGCUUGGUUCAGGUUUCUUCACAUCCUGGGUAAUCCUGUUGAUCUGUGCCAUCCGGAAAUCAUCGGCAGGACGCCCAAUUUUGUUGCUUCCAUCAACCAAGGGAAGAAAUUCCCUGACCAGCACUCGUGUCUACAAGCCCUACCAAACAUAUUCCUCCGAGCUAUGAAAGGGUUAUCAGUACUUGUAGAUGCAUUUCUAGGGUAUCCAUCAGAUCGUCUUGGUCAUAUCACCGAUCCCUCACAAGGAAUACCUUCUCGUUCUCCCACCAUCCCAAGUGCCAUGCCUUUCAAUGCUGCCUCCAAAGCCAAAGGCGUGGCUUCAUCCACAGCAAGGGGCGCGUCCAACGCCGGCAUCCGAGGCGGAGUCAAGAGCAAUAUCCUCCACACCGGACUCCUCCCCGGUCCAAGCCACUCCGAAUGCAACAGCAUCCUCCACCUGUUUGGGGCGUGGCUCUUUGAAGCGGCCCUCAUGGGAUGUAAGUUCCACGGUGCGGCGACGCCCGCCCCUUUCCUCCCACGGAGGACUGGCUCCCUCUUUGUGAACCCAUCAUCAUCAUCUUCGUCAGCUGCAUCAGCUCUGAGUAAUAGUUUCUCCAACACCAGCACCAUAAACUUCACCUCCUCCUCCUCCACUGCCACUGCCACCACUUCCACCAAUGCUUCUACUAACAGUAAUGCUUCUUCUACUAAUUCUCAUCGUACUCAAAGUGUCGGUCGAAUGAUGCGUCGAGCCCAGUCCAUACCCACUGACGCCCCUCGUGAAGGUCACGACCGUGAGGGCAUAUCUCCCCCUGGAGCACCCUCUGCACUCCUGGUGCCGGACCGUCUCAGCUCGCCUGAGAGCUACGAGGAAGGGCGGGCGGAGGCCUGUGGUGCACUGUGCCGCAUCUUCACCAGUCGCAAGGCCUCGGAGAGCAUCCUCCCGAUGUACCUGUCCCGCUUCUACCUCACGCUGACUCAAGGGCUAACUACUAAUUCAAGACAGCCUGUGAGUGGUUUGGUGUUGUCGAACAUCCUGUACAACUCUCAUAACCUGCUAAGGGUCGACCUGACAGGUGUCAAGGUUCUUAUACCAUAUCUUCUCUCUGCGAUGGAUCUAGUCAUUCCAGAGACUGAUCUUAAAUUCAAGACGUUAGUUCCAAAGAAUGAGCUUCGUCGAGCCUCGAUCCAUCUCCUUCUAUCCAUGUUAUGUCUCCCUCAUCAUUUCAAAGAUCUUACUAUUCAGAGUUUGAUUCAGAAUGAUGCUGACGAUUGCAAGCCUGAGCUUACUUUCAUAAGUUUGAAACCUCAGCUGGUUGAUCUUAUGAUAAGCGGAUUCAGAUGUGAAAGUAAUCCCCAGAACGCACAAAUGUUAUUAGGUGCUAUGUACAUGUGUAUCCUGGACUCGGCUAUGAGUGAAUCAGCAGAAGCCAAGAUAAGCCAAUCAACACCACCGUCAAGGAAAGAAUCUUCAAGUAGCGUCAAUGACAGUGAAGAGAACGCAGACAACGUUCCGCCCGGCAGUUCACUGAGCGGAAGUUUGUUUGCUUUAAUUGACGCCGCUUUCCAGGAAACGUCAAAUCCCCCCGCCACGACAGUAACAGACACAGCUUGGGCCAUCUUUGUAAGAUGCUGUCAUCUUGUCUUUCAACAACUCAUGUCGACAUGGAGCAAGGAUUGUGGCGUUGCCAUGGCAGCAUUAGAACUACUCUCUGGUGUUGCUAGGAUACCUAUGAAAGUUCAAGAUCCACUGGAAUGUAAGAGGAAUGUGAAGUGGAUAUGUGAUCAUAUCGCCAAGCAGUGUAGCCAGCCUUCUGUGUAUCAUUCCAGAGACCUUCAUUCCAUCAUCGUCGCUGCUUUCAACUGUCUCACUGUCUGGGUGGUAGAACAUAGCUAUCUCCUCAAAGAUAGAGAGACUCUUCAGAUUGUCUUGGAGGUGGUUGAGCUAGGUAUCUCUGGAACCAAAUCUCAGCCCAAGGCCAGCAUUCCGGCCGUUCUCAAACAGGCAAAGGAACUCAAACCAACCUCUACCAGGGUCAAGAAUGCCGCGCAGGGUGUCCUCUCCUGUAUACUCAACCAGCUGGGUUCUUUCCCAGCCCCAUGUGGACCAUCUACAGUAGUAUCCCUCUUGGAUGAGAACUCUCUGCUUAAGUACGUUGAACUUCCAAACUCCGAGGUCAAACCAUCAUUCAAGUAUUUUGUCAUGGACAACACUAUCCUCCUUGCCAUGCUAGAAGAACCUCUUAAAUUUACAAAAGAGGUACUACCGACAGUAACAGUCAUCAUCCGUGGACCAACGGGUCGCCAUGUGUGGACUUUCCAACUUCGCCAUUCAUCAAGAAAAGAUAAGGAGACGGCUGAAGCUCGUUUGAUUUAUCCUGAGAGACCCAAAGCUAAUGAUAAUGUAGGAACGCACCAUGAGAUCACGUCCAAAUAUUUCCCAGACUCCAUCAACAAGAUUCCCAUCACCAAGGCUGAUCAAAGCAUACCAAGCCUGGACGAGAUCGAAACGGAAGAAUCACGCGAGGACCAUGUCACCUUGGGGAAACUCCUCCACGAGCAGAUGGAAUACGAGGAGCUCGUGCGGAAUUCAGCGCGCGAUGCGAAAAAGAAUUACCCCAACCCACACACCGAGGCUAAGCCUCCUCAGCCGUGCACAGAGUUCAGUCCGGCUAGGCUACUACUGUCCCACCUUGGAUAUCUCAAUAUUGAAAGCUUACAGGGCCCUGAGAAUACAAGUCUACCUCCUGCAUUAGUAGCAUUGGAUGACAGUCAGGCUGGUUUCACCCCUGACCUUCUUCAACUUGAUCAGAUACCAAGUAGAACCUUUGAUACAGCAUUCAUAUUCUAUGUCAAAACAGGGCAGAAAAAAGCAGAAGACAUUCUCUGCAAUGUGAAAUCUAAAGACAAUGUUCAAUACCAGUUCCUCGAGUUUCUACAAGCCCUUGGAUGGCCUGUUGUGAUUGGCCAGCAUGCUGGGUGGACAGGUCACAUGACUACAUCAUGGAAAAUACCAGAGUUUGAUUCCAACGCCAAUAUCAAAAGCAAUGGUAAUGUUAGGGAAGAACUGAACCAUGGAGGUAGUCUAUACAGUGGGAAAAAACAAGUUCUCUACUUUGCUGACUUUUCAUCAGAGAUUGCAUUCGUUGUACCAACUGAAGAUGACAGCAAAGUAGCGCCAAAUGAUGAUGCCACUGUCCUUUCCCCGGUCCCCGAGGAACCCCACCAUGUCCACCCCCAGUCCUCCGCCACCCAGGGGAGUCAGCAGCAGCAGCGUCCAGCAGACCUGGAGGCCAGUGGGUCCAGCAGUAACAACAGCUCCUUGGCUGGAUCCCUGGCAGGCUCCUUGGAGCGUCCAUCCAGGAAGUUCUCCACCAAGGGAGCCAAUGCCACUCCUCCAGAGCUCAAGGUGCUGGUGGUAUGGCUGGAGAACUUUGAAGAUCAUCAGACCUUUCCUCUUGCCGAUCUACUUCACAAGACAAGUACAGGCUCUGAAAACCUGACAACCAGCAACAACUCACUUAGCAAGACACCUGAACCCUCCAUUAUGAUCAUCUAUAUUCACCUACUCAAGAGUGGACUCUUCCGGAUUCAUAUACAAAGCAGUUGUACACUAGCGAUCCCAUUGGUUGAUGGUAUGGUUGUGAGUAGGAGAACACUAGGCACUCUUGUCAGACAGACGGUAGUCAAUACAUGCAAUAGGAAAAGAUUAGAAAGUGAAAAGUAUUCCCCUCCUCAUGUAAGACGGCGGCAGAGAAUCCAAGAGAUGGUUCAGAAAUAUCAACGAAAGCAAACUGUUUCAGAGUUCUACACUAGUCUAUUUAGGUCAUGGAAACCAAGGAAUCUAAAUGUGUUUUGGAUAUUCAAGAGAGGGCUCAAAAGUUUCAACAAAAGCAGACGGUUUGAGAAUUCUAUACCAAUUCGUUCACAACAACGUGAAACCAAGGAGUCUAAAUAUGACUAGAUAUGGUUAUCUAGACGGUUUAGUAAAAGACUCGAUGAAAGCAGACUUGUAUGAGACUAUUCACAUCUUGAUGUUAAGUUGUCUAAAUAUUACUCAAUAUGAUGACACAGGAGAUGGUGUAGAAGUAUCAACAAAAGCAGACAGUUUCAGAUUUCUACACUAGCCUAUUUAGGUCAAGGAAUCUAAAUAUGUUUUGGAUAUUCAAGAGAGGGCUCAGAAGUUUCAACAAAAGCAGACUGUUUUAAAAUUCUAUACCAGUUCAUUCACAAAAUGAAACCAAGGAGUUUAAAUAUCACUUGAAUUGGUGAUCUGAGAGAUGGUUUAAACGACUCAACGAAAGUAGGCUUGUCCAUGGCUAUUUAAUAUCUUGCUGCUAAGGUGUCUAAAUAUUACUUUGUAUGAUGAUAGAAGAGAUAGUGCAGAAGUAUUAACAAAAGAAAACCAUUUCAGAAUUCUAUACUAGGUCUAUUCACAUUUUCAAAACCAAAGCAAAUGGCAUACAGCUGGGAUCAUGUUGAGGUAGAAUAUGUGAUUUGUCUUGUUUAAGCAUCUGUAACACUAGAGCUUGUAAAGAAAUGUCAUGUAACACACUUGUGAUGUGAGCUUCAUGGCUUGGUGUGAGGAUCUUUGCUGCUAAAAUCCAAAGUCCUUUUGGAAGCGCAUAGAGACAUUAUGGCAAGUCGGUAAUGUGGUAUGCACUAUACAAGACCAGAAUGUUAUUAAUACCAACAUGGCACUUAUACAGGCAGACCUCAUCUUUGAAAACAAAAGUGGCAAUCAGUUAUAUCUCCAUUACAUCUUUGUAAGCCUAUAGACAAUGACUGUCAUGAGGUGCCAGAUUAAUAAUUAAAAAAAAAAAAUUUCCAUGGAAAGUUGGGUUAAGUUAUACAAAUUAUAAAACAAAGCUAAGCUUAAUAUAUUUUUUUUACAAUAUUAUUUCAUAUUUUAUUAAUUUCAAACUAAUAAUUAAAUUUGAAUAUCUUUAAGCUAUAUUGAAUUAGUUUGAGGUUACAAUUACCUCAUCUAACGAGACUGUGAUUAAUGACUGAUCAUCCAAACCCCUCCCCCCCUUGGCAUGUCAGUUUCAGAGCUGCCAACCUCUGUAUCUUUCAUCUAUUAACCCUAUUUUUACAACUGUCAUCAUGCUAUUGCCAAAACUUCUUGUGGGGUCUAGGUUUCAUGUAAAUCUCUGCUCGAGCAGAAAACGAAAGCAUGUGUACCGGUACACGUAUUACGACGAAAAUAGCCCUUUUGCCACUUUCUUUUUUUCUUUUCAGCCCAAGCUUGAUACUCUGUCAUAUUUUGUAAAGAAUUCCAAUUAUGCAACAGUUGGCAGCUCUUUGAAUUUUGGACCUGUUUCAUAAAACUAGUUACAAGCUACCAGGCAUGUUUGAUUGGCCAUGAGCAAGUUUGCCUUAAAAUGUAAUAAGAUUUAUGAAACAUGGUCCUGAUAAGACAGGAUUGUCUGAUAUCCUGAUGGAAAAGUAGAAGCGUUGAAAUGAUGCAUUGUUACUUUGUCAUUAGAAUGUGCAAUCUUUUACAGUGUUUUGUAUUUCAGAAUGCAUGUAAUGAUAUUAUUGUAUAGCAGUAAUAAAUUGUAAUAUCUAUUAUCACCA